GGUGGGAGCGGGGCUGUUGCUAUCAAUAUGGCGGUUGUCAGCCAGACAAAGACAGUCAGUCUGAUGUGAUUGAGACAAGGGUGGUUUUCAGGGGGAGACUGGGAGACAGGGGCCUCCCCUCCCCCCUCUGCUCUUCCUGCGCGGGUCUGGAGCCCUCCUCAGCCCCUCCCGCAGGGCGCCCCGCGGUGACGAUCCCCUCCCCCUCCCGCCUUCCUCCUCCCUCCCUCAGCCUUGCACUGGGACGCUGGGGAGGGGGCUGAGCCGGGUGCAGAGAACUCUCAGCUGGAUUUCCGAGAAUGGUAAAUAAGGCCGGCCAUCUUUGGAAAGGCCAUUGAUCUGCCUCAUGUAAAGUAUGCUCAGCUCCUUUCCAGUGGUGCUGCUGGAAACCAUGUCUCACUACACAGAUGAGCCCAGAUUUACCAUAGAACAGAUAGAUCUGCUCCAGCGUCUUCGGCGUACCGGGAUGACCAAACAUGAAAUUCUUCAUGCAUUAGAAACUUUGGACCGUCUUGAUCAAGAGCAUAGUGAUAAGUUUGGAAGGAGGUCCAGCUACGGGGGAAGCUCGUAUGGGAACAGUACCAACAACGUUCCAGCAUCUUCCUCUACAGCCACAGCUUCCACGCAGACCCAGCACUCGGGAAUGUCUCCAUCACCCAGCAACAGUUAUGAUACCUCCCCACUGCCUUGCACUACCAAUCAAAAUGGGAGAGAGAACAGUGAUCGAUUGUCCACAUCCAAUGGGAAGAUGUCACCGUCUCGCUACCAUGUAAACAGCAUGGGUCAGAGGUCAUAUAGCUUUGAAGCCUCAGAAGAGGACCUAGAUGUAGAUGAUAAAGUGGAGGAAUUAAUGAGGAGGGACAGCAGUGUGAUAAAAGAGGAAAUCAAAGCCUUUCUUGCCAAUCGGAGGAUUUCCCAAGCAGUUGUUGCACAGGUAACAGGGAUCAGUCAGAGUCGAAUCUCUCACUGGCUGCUGCAGCAGGGAUCAGAUCUGAGUGAGCAGAAGAAGAGAGCAUUCUACAGAUGGUAUCAACUUGAAAAGACAAACCCUGGGGCUACGUUAAGUAUGAGACCUGCCCCCAUUCCAAUAGAGGACCCUGAAUGGAGACAAACACCUCCCCCAGUCUCUGCCACACCUGGAACCUUCCGGCUUCGACGAGGGAGUAGAUUUACCUGGAGAAAGGAGUGCCUAGCUGUCAUGGAAAGUUACUUCAAUGAGAACCAGUACCCAGAUGAAGCAAAGAGAGAAGAAAUUGCCAAUGCUUGCAAUGCGGUCAUACAGAAGCCAGGCAAAAAGCUGUCUGACCUGGAACGAGUUACGUCUCUGAAAGUAUAUAAUUGGUUCGCUAAUCGGCGGAAGGAGAUCAAGAGGAGAGCCAAUAUCGAAGCAGCAAUCCUGGAGAGUCAUGGGAUCGAUGUACAGAGUCCAGGAGGCCAUUCCAACAGCGACGAUGUGGACGGGAACGACUACUCUGAGCAGUCAUCCUUUGCAGGAGCCUUGAUUCAAUUAGAGCGUCAGAAGGGUCCACCGGAAUGCCAGCAGCUACCAGUGCUAAGUGGCCUUUUAUAAGUUCUUCUGCCCAUGAGGCUCGACCCAGACGCAGCGUCCAUGGUCUACCUAUCAAGCACCUGUCUGGCCCGGUGUAACUGAGGAAUGUCAACUGGAUGCAAAUUAAGGGACGACAGCAUUGAGUCAGAGCGUCAGGAGGACCAGGAUUCUGGGCCCUGACUGGACUUGAACGUUCUAGCAAGAGCCGAAUGCAGUCCUGUUGAGUCCCCCGUGGGUCUGGGAACAAGCUGGCAUGGGCAGCUGGGAAGUGGAAAGCACGCUUACGUGUUCUGACCAGACACCAGGGACCAUGUCUUGAGGUUGCCUGCAGGUAUUCAGCCUAAUGGCUGUGUAGGAUCCUGCCAGAUGAGUCGGGGAGGGAGCAGGGCGCCCUCCUGGCCUUGGCGGUUGUGUGUCUUAGUCUCUGUGUUUCCCUUUGGUGUCUUCUCUGGUCUCUGUCCCCAUCUUGUGUGCCAUGUGUCCCUGAGGGUGAAUCACACCUGUGUCUGAGUCUGCUGUAAGGUGUCCAGUCUACCUCAAGGGGUCAUCAUGGCAAGCUCUGUCCACAUGGAAUCCUCCGUACAUGCCACACACACUGGAAUGUAUACCACCCCACCCCCAUAAUCUCUUGACCCCAUCUUUCCCCAUAGUCACCACAGACUCCUAGUGCAAAUUGGAUGCUGCUUUAAAUGUGAAAAAUUUGUUCAAAAGCUAUAAAAUCUGAAUGAAAGCUAAAGCUGAACUUAUAAGCCUUGUUGCGUAUGAGCCAAAAGUGCAAAAAGCUCUAUAUAAUGAACUAACCUGCCACUCGUAUAAAUAUAAAUAUAUAUAAAUAUAUUAAAAAUCAGACUGUUCUACAAAAUUGUGUAUUUGUAUUUUUGUGUACGUACAAUUUUCUGCUAAGCAGAAGGAGGGUGUAGUAUAGGGCGCUGUGAGAAGAGAUUUGGUUUAAUCCCAUUUCUUUGUUACUUAUUUUUGUUAACAUCAGAUGCCUGUCUUCGUCUUCUCUGUGUAUGACACUGUUUGGGAAGCUGCAGUAUCCUUCUUACCUAGGCCAGAGUCUGUGAUAAUAAAGCUGGGGCACAGGGAGGUAGGUGUAUGGCCACCACCUAACUGAAAGGGGGGCAGGCUUGCCCCCCCGAGGCCAGGCAUAGUAUAGCAUUCUGACUUGUCUCUGGGAAGCAAACUCCCUUUUUAGAAACCAGUUUCCCAGAUAAGAUCACUGGGUACCCAGACCCAGGGAGCAAGGGGAGACUUCUCUCCAUUGCCCAGGUGACUUUCCUAGCAUAGCUCCCAGCCCCCUGGCUACCACUGGGCCAUGUCUCCCAGGUAGCUGCUGCCUUUUCGGACAGGGUUACCAGAUGCCUCCCCUACCAGAGCUGUCACCAGAGGUCCAAUUCUUUACCUGGAGCAUCUCAGAACCCACUUUGCCGGUGCUAAACAGGAGAGGGGUUAGAGUGGCUGCCAAUAAUGGCCAGAACCAGCCCACCAGAGGCCAAGACAAGCUUGGGUGCCCACCGCUGCCCACACCCUCCCAGCCCCCUCCUGGCCCCUGGUGGAGCCUGCGCUAGGGAAUGAUACUGCACCUUCCCAGUAGGACUCAGAUUCUAACAAUGUGUGAUGACUGUAGCAAGAAGCCCUUGUUUCUCGAUGUAAAUGGUCAAAGAAACAAGUGCUCUACUGUAUUGAUUAAAUAGUUCCAAUGAGUCCUGUUUCAUUGUAUCUCCUAUUCUGGAUUAGUGCCUUUUGGACAGUAGACUGUUCUGUAAUUAAAAUGUAGUAUACUGCUUUUUUGUACAGUUUUGUUUUAACAAAACUUUUUUUUAAUUUGUGUUUAUUUUAGUAUUGUAUCUAUUAGAGAAUAAAAUGUAUAACUGAGCAAA